CCGUAAUUAGUUUAGUUUAAUUAAUUAUAGUAGUCACAUAAAAUGAUGAUUAUUUUGUAAACUAAGGUGAAUGUAGCAUGUUGCUUCUCUGGUUCCUUUCGUUUUGUAUGGGAGGUCGUUGUUGACGUAUAUAUUUGUUAUUCCGCUUGCAGAUUGCUUCUUGGCUCCGGUGAGGCGUCUCGGAACAUUCACGAUUUGAAAGUUCCACAUUACUCACAGUCGCAUAAUAUAGUUUUAAUGACAAAAUAAGAAGUAACUUUUUAGAACAUCAGACGUCUGUGGUAAGAAGGAAUUUCUACUUGAGAUACAUCAUGAAUAUUAAUAAUCUUUUAAAGACGAAAGGAAGGUGUAAUAAAUAAUUGAUAUAAACAUGUUUAUAUAAUAUAUCUGUGAUGAAUAACUAUGAAAUACUUUGUUCUGAACUAAGAUGAAUAACAAGAUUUCUCUUCCUCACUGUCUGGAAUAUUUACAUGAGUAUUUCACAUUCUAAUUAAACAUGGAUACAUUUAUAAAGAAAUCUGUAAUCUUCAGAUACUGACAAAAUCACUAGAAAUAUAUAUAUGUAUAUAUAUAUAUAUAUAUAUAUAUAUAUAUAUAUAUAUAUAUAAAUAAAAAGUAUUUAUUUGUUGUGGUGGUAUCAGAACAUUAUAGAACAAUGAGUUAUGUGAAAAAUGUAAAGGAUGGCUUAUUUCAUGAAGAAAUAACGAAAGAAAGAGAGAAAUUAUACUGUUGUGAUAUCUGCAAAAAGACUUUUUCUCAAGGCUGUAACCUAACUACUCAUAAAUGCAUUUCUACUGGAGAGAAACCAUAUCGCUGUGAUGUCUGUGGUAAAUCAUUCUCUCAAAAUAACCUCUUAAUUAAACACAAACGUAUUCAUACAGGAGAGAAACCAUACUGCUGUGACAUAUGUGAUAAGUCAUUCGCUACAAAGGGUAACUUCAACAAACAUAAAUACUUUCAUACCGGUGAGAAACCAUAUCACUGUGAUAUCUGUGGUAAGUCAUUUGCAGUAAACAGUACCUUAAAAACUCAUAGACGCAUUCACACAGGAGAAACACCAUAUCACUGUGCUGUCUGUGGUAAAUCAUUCUCUGAGAGUCACAACUUAACUGCCCAUAAACGCAUUCAUACAGGGGAGAAACCCUAUCACUGUGAUAUCUGUGGUAAAUCGUUCACUGCUAAUUGGACAUUGAUUACUCACAAGCGCAUUCAUACAGGAGAAAAACCGUAUCACUGUAACAUUUGUGGUAAAACAUUCUCUCAAACAAAUAGUUUAGUUCAUCAUAAACGUCUUCAUACAGGAGAGGAGCCAUACCAUUGUGAUAUCUGUGGUAAAUCAUUCUCUGGAAGUAGUGACUUAACUACUCACAAACGUAUUCAUACAGGUGAGAAACCAUAUCAGUGUGAUAUCUGUGGUAAAUCAUUUUCUCAGAAUAGUAAUUUAAUUCAGCACAGGGACACUCAUACAGGAGAGAAACCCUAUCGUUGUGAUAUCUGUGGUAAAUCAUUCUCUGGAAGAAGUUGUUUGGCAAAACACAAACGUGUUCAUACAGGGGAGAAGCCAUAUCACUGUGAUAUCUGUGGAAAGUCAUUCAGUAUAAGUUGUAACUUAACUCAGCACAAACGCACUCACACAGGAGAGAAGCCAUAUCACUGUGAUAUCUGUGGUAAGUCAUACAGUGGAAGCAGUGACUUAAUUAAGCACAAAUACAUUCAUACAGGUGAGGAACCAUAUCACUGUGAUAUCUGUGGUAAAUCAUUCUCUCAAAAAGAUUACUUAACUGCACACAAACGUAUUCAUACAGGUGAGAGACCAUUUCACUGUGAUAUCUGUGGUAAGUCGUUUGCUCAGAAAGGUAACUUAACUACUCACAAACGUAUUCAUACGGGUGAGAAACCAUAUCACUGUGAUAUCUGUGGUAAAUCAUUUGCUAUGAAUGGUACUUUCACUAGACACAAGCUCAUUCAUACAAGAGAGAAAACAUCACUGUGACAUCGUAAUCUUCAUCAUCAACAUUUAACGCCCGUUUUCCAUGCUGGCAUGGGUUGUAUGGCUUCGCAGGAACUAUCAAGGCUAGGGGCCACCCCAGUUCCAUAGUCUGUUUUGGAUUGGUUUCUACAAUUGGAUAUCUUUCCUAAUGCCACACUACCCCACAGAGUGGAGUGGGUGCUUAUAAUGGGCCCCAUCACCAGUGCUUUUUAUAUGACACCUUGGUUUCAGAAUCUCAGUUCUGUUGUGGUAGGCAGGUCUUCAGUACAGCAAUACACCACAUUUCUCAGUUGUCUGUCAUCUCCUUUGUAAGGAUCAGGAUUUUGAGAUCAGCCUUCAAUACUUCAUCUAUCUGAGGUAAAUCAUUCUCCCAAAGAAAUCACUUAACAAGGCAUAUAAGCAUCUAUACAGUAAAAUAUCACUAGUUGUGUGAAAACUCCAUCUUGUAUUGAGAGUCAAACCUGUCUGUCUAAAAACAUUAUUUCAAUCUUUAGUCAUUUCAGCUGCAAGACUGAGGUUUUUGAAUUCUGACCUCAUCACAUUUUGUGAAUAUUUUUAAUAACUUGAAAGAGGAAUAAAGUUGUUUUACUCUUUAA